AUGGCGGGGAAUCACACUGCGGGGGUGUCGGGGGAGGCGCAGGCGGGAGAGGGGGGAGAGCGGGGUGCGCGGGAUGAUCGGGGAUCAGGGCGGAAGUUGGAAGGAGAAAGAGAGGGCGCGGUAUCAAUCAACCGUGAAAGGGGGGGAAAAGGGGACGAGGGGAAAACGGGGAGAGAAAGGGGAGAAACGGGAGCGGGUGGAAAGGCGAGAGCGCAGAGAGAGGAGGGCGGAGAGGAAGCGGAGGAAGCGGCGGAGGAAGCUGAAGAGGAAGAGGAAGAGGACGAGGAAGAGGAAGAGGAGCCGAUACUUAAGUACCAGAGGCUAGGAGGCGACGUGCCGCAGAUAGUGCGCGGUGGCGUGCAGGCGACGUGCGUGUCGGUCUCUGAUAAGAUGCUGGCACUCGGCACGUCUGACGGCUGUGUGCAUGUGCUCGACCUGCUUGGCAACCAGGUGAAGCAGUACGAAUCGCACAAGGCGCCGGUGCGAGCAGUGGUGUUCGAUGCAUCGGUGAACCACAUUGCCUCGUGCGCUCACGACGGCUCCCUCGCCAUCCACGGGCUCUUCUCCCCAGACUGUCUGCUGCUCAAGUACCGCCUCCCACUCCUCGCCCUUGCGCUGCACCCCUCCUUUGGCUCCUCGCGCCGGUCAAGGCAGUUUGCCACGGGUGGGGAGGCUGGAGAGCUGGUGCUGAAUUCGAAAGGGUGGCUUGGAGCGUCGGAUCAGGUGUUGCAUGCAGGAGAGGGCGCGAUAACAUGCAUAGUGUGGCACGGCACGGUGCUGCUGUGGGCGAAUGAGCGGGGCGUGAAGCUCUUCUGCCUUGCCUCCUCCACGCCCCUCGCCCAUGUGGACCGCCCUCGCUGCAACCUCACUGCGGGAAUUGACUCCCGCCCGCAUGUGUUUUGGAUGGACGAGACUACGCUUGCCAUAGGGUGGGCGGACACGAUAAAGAUUGCUGCCAUUCGCACUCGCUCCUCUGCAUCUCCUGCCGCCACCGCAGCAGCAACACCCGCCACCACCACCACUCCCACCACCACCAUCAACACCACUGCCGCCGCCACUCCCACCACCACCAUCAACACCACUGACGCCGCCACUCCCAGCAGCAGCAAUAAUGCAACCGCUGCCGUCCCUGCUGCCUCCCCAGCUGCUGCAGCAGCAGCAGCAGCAGCAGCAGCAGCAGCAGCAGCAGCAGCAGCAGCAUCACCACCACCACCACCACCACCAGCGGCGGCGGCAGCGCGGUACCUGGCAGUGCUGGCAGUGCUGCGAGUGGAGCAUCUUAUAGCCGGCCUCGCUCCCUAUGCUGACCGCCUUCUCGUUCUUUCCUGCCCCUUUCCUUCCUCGCAUCUGCCACCACCCCCCUCCUCCUCCUCCUCCUCCUCCUCCUCCUCCUCCUCCUCCUCCUCCUCCUCCUCCUCCUCCUCCUCCUCCUCCUCCUCCUCCUCCUCCUCCUCCUCCUCCUAUACCACCUCUUCCCCCCCUCCACCCCCCCCAUCCACCCAAACCCCCCUCCAAUCGCCACCCACUGCCCUCACACCUGAAGGAACCACCACUCUCACAAAUCAAGACCCCACUUCUGCUUCCACCCACGAUACUUCAUCCUCCCUCCCAUCAGCCUCACCACCCACAUCUGUCCCACCCCUCGGUUCUUUAUCGGCUGCACCGGCUUCAUACCAACAGCCAUCCCCCCAGCAGCACCCAUCCGCCCUGCAGCCAUCCCCCCCUGAGCUGCGCAUGCUCACACUGCGCAAUCAGGAGGUCAUGUGCGACGCGCUGCCCCUGCAUGGCUUUCAACACACUGCCCUCACGCACUUCGCCCUCGCCCACUCGCCUUUCUCCGGCAGCAGCAUGCAGGGGGCGCAGUGGCAUGCAGGCAGCGAGCCGUGCUUCGUCAUCCUGUGCCCAUUCGACGUGCUCGUGGCUAGACCACGUGACGCUCAGGAUCACGUGCAGUGGCUGCUGGCGCACGGGAGAGUGCAAGCAGCACUUGAGGCAGCAGAGCAGGCAGCACGGGGCAGCGUGGGGUGGCGCUACCUAGACCAUCUAGUGCUGCAGCGCAAGUACGCCCAAGCAGCAGCGCUCUGCCCCAAGCUGCUCGGAUCCAACACCACAGCCUGGGAGAGGUGGGUAUUCACAUUCGCUCAGAUGCGCUGCCUACCAGCCCUCGUGCCGCACAUACCCUUCGACUCGCCCCAGCUCGGACCAGCUGUCUACGAGAUGGUGCUCUCGUCCCUGCUGCUCUCCCCAUCAGACCACCCUCUGUUCCUCUCCUCCAUCCGCACGUGGCCGCAUCGCCUGUACAGCAUGUGCGACGUGCUGGGGAAGGCCAUGCAGAGACACCAGACACUCACCCGAGGAGCAAAGGAGUGGGAGGGUCAUGCAUCAACGCCCCUGUUAGAGGCUGUGGCAGAGCUGUGCAUGCGCUCUCAGCAGUUCCCUGACGCUCUGCACUACUACAUCCUGGCAGCACUAUCAGACCCCACCAGCACCGAUCGCACCAACACAGUCUUGCAUCUCAUCUCCUGCCAGCCCUUCUCUCCUCUCAUCGCCUCACAGCUGCCCCUGCUUCUGCAGCUUGACCCGUCCUGCAUCCUCCUCUUUCUCGCCCACCACCCCUCGCUGCUCCCCCCCUCCUCCAUCUUUCCCCACCUCUCGCUGCUGCGUUCGCACGCACACGACACACUACGACGGAGACGGGAGGAAGGCGAGGAGGGAAGGUUGGGGGAAGAGGAGGACGGAGGAUUGGAGGGACGGAGGGAGGAGAGGAGAUUAGGAGAAGGGGAUGAGGAACGGAAAUUGGGGGAAGUGCGAGAGAGGAAAGAGGAAGGGGGGAAGGAAGUGGGGUUGUCAGAGGGGAAAGGAAGGGAGGAAAGUAUAGGGAGUGGUGGUCAUGGGUGGGAUUUAAGUGCUGUAGUGAGAGGGGAUGGAGCAGGCGGGGGGAUCAGCCAACCCACGUGGGUCAAGAAUGAAGGGGAUAGAGGAGGAGUGGGUGGAGCAGGAGAGGCGGUGUGGUGUGAGUGUGAGUUACAUAACGAGAGGAGUGAGAACGGGGGGGCUGGCCAUGGGGAGGAGGAGGAGGCAGUGAGAUGGGCAGCAGGAGGGGGAGAGGGGCGAGAGGGAACACCAGUAGAGGGAGAAGAGAGAGGAGGGGAUGAGGAGGCGAGGAGGGGGGAGGGGGGGAAAGGGAAGAAGAGGAGAAAAAGGAGCUGGUGGUUGGCGGGGGAGGAGAGGGAGAUGGUGAGGGGGAUGAUAGGAGCAGAGCAGGGGGAAGCAUUGGAGUGCAGAGCGGUGGGGGCAUGGCUUCACAUGUAUCUGCAUGAACUCUUUGUGUGUGAUGCCACGCUUACACAGCCAUGGCAUCCCAUUCAGCUGCUCCUAUACACGAUGCUCGACCCUCGCAAUCUGCUGCCCUUCCUGCACAGCACCACCAACUACUCGCUUGACAUGGCGUACCGGGUGUGUGAGAGGAGGGGCGAGGUGGGGGCGAUGGUGUAUCUGCUGCAGCGUAUGGGCAACCAUGCAGCAGCCAUGGCUCUCUGCAUUGACCGCAUGGAAAACGUUGACCAGGCUCUGGACGUGGUGGGGGAGAGCGGUGAUGAGUCCCUGUGGGAUGCUCUGCUGGAGCGAGCUGCCUCCAACUCCACCCUUCUAGCAGCACUCUUUGACCGGGCACUACCGGGUCUGGACGCCCUGCGCCUCGUGCAGCUGGCCAUGCCCGCCCACCACAUCCCACGGCUAAAGGAGCGUCUAGUGGGUGUGCUAUCCGCCACCACCACCCAGCUCGCCCUCUCCCAAGGCUGCUACCGACUCCUCCUGGCGGACUUAACAGUUCUCUUCACCAAGCAAUUGAAAGAAUCAAUCAAGGGCAUCCGAGUGGGUUCUUCCAUCCACUGCUUUGUCACACACACCACACUCUCACCUCCCCUCUCUCCGCACCACCAUCACCACCAUCAUCACCAUCAUCACCAUCACCACCAGUACCAGCAGCAGCAGGCGUCACUUCCCCUCGCUCUUCUCUCCUCCGUAUCUGCUGCUGCCUUUGAUGCCGCCUCCACCGCGGCAGCAGCAGCCGCUGCCGCAGCAACCGGCACCACCACCAACACCCCUACCACCACCACCACCAUCACCACCACCACCACAACACCACUUCCCUCUCUGCCCUCUCCUCUUGACCUCGCAUCAACCGCACCGUUCUUCGAGUCUCUGCCCACGCUAGCAGCACACACGCACCGAGCAAUCAAAGGAGCCGUGACUGCAAUCGAUGCAGUUCUGGACUCUGCUCCUGUGCAAGCCCUUGCACCCGAUGUCUCACUAGACUCGAUCCGAGCUAUAGUGGAUUCCACAGGAGCAGCCGGGGUGUUUUCCGCCUCGAAUGAUUGGCUGGACGGGGAUGGGGUGGAGGAGGGGGGAGGGGGAGGCGAGGGGUUGAGACGGGGGGGAGCAGGUGGGGGGGGAGGGCGUGGGGGGGUUGGAGAGUGGAGCGGCGGGAGGAGGGGAGGAGGGCAAGGGGGUGGGGAGGGGAUGGAGGUGUUGGGAGGGAAUGGGCGGUGCUGUGUUUGCCUGGAGAAUGCAGCAUCGCUGGAUGGUCCUUUUGUUGUGUUCUUCUGCCAUCAUGGUUUCCAUCUCUCCUGCCUCUCCCUCUCUGCUGCUGCCCAUCCACCCGCCCCUCUCGCACCGCCUCACUCCUCCUCCUCCCCGUACCCCUCCGCAGCUACCUUCGCUCCUGCCGGAGGUGUGGACAGAGAAGUGGGGGAGGUGAGAGGGGGGAGGGGUAAAGGAAGUGGUGCACAUAAGACAGUGUAUGAGAUCGGUGCUGUACAUGCCCCUCCUUCCAUCCCCUACACUCCACGCCCUUCCCCCCUCACACUCCCUAGCGAUCGCCUCCCGAACUCCCCGCUUCUCGUCCGCUUAACUCCCCUGCUCCGUCACACCACUCCCGCCUUCCCCCGUAUCCGCUCCGCCAGCACUUGCGCCGGUAGCACCGGCAGCAUCUUCGUUUCCGCCAUCAACGGGAGGCACACGCGCGGAGUCAUCGCCUUCCCCGCGCCGUCCCGACCACGAGGAAGCGCCGCUUCGCUUCUCCGUCAACGCGUGUUUCCCCGUUCGUCUCGACGUCCCGAUUGUGUGGUCGUCGCGGACGUGGUCUGUUUGUAUACUCGACUUCGCAGUGACUUGUUUCGCCCAUUCGCCUCGCCGCCGAGCAUGGCGAUACCCUCAGACGAGACAGUCGUGGUGCGCAAGGGGCAGGGGCCGCGCGAGGCGUCGGAGAUAACGGUGAACUGCCCGGACAAGGUGGGGCUGGGCUGCGACCUCACGCGCAUCAUGUUCGAGUUCGGGCUCAACGUCGUCAAGGGUGAUCUGUCAACGGACGGCCGGUGGUGCUUCCUCGUUUUCUGGGUGGUACCGCGCACGCGCACAGGCAAGCCCAUCAAGUGGUCUCUUCUCAAACACCGCCUCCUCGCCGCCUGCCCCUCCUCCGAACCCGUAUUCUUCUCCCGCCCCUCGCACUCCUCCUCCUCCUCCUCCUCCUCCUCCUCGUCAUCAUCAUCCUCCUCCUCCUCUGGUCACUCCUACGGGCUUCCUUCCUAUGGGAUCACCUCGUCUACAGCUUACCGCAACCCCUUCUCCUCCUCCUCGUCUUCGUCGUCCUCGGGUCUUGCAUCGCCGUUAGCUGGUGGGGGGAGCGGGGGGGUGAAUAAGGCGGCGGUGCGGGUGUUCCUGCUGCAGGUGCAAGCAUCAGACAGAUGCGGACUUUUGAACGGUCAGUGCUCCACUGCUCUCCUGUUGCCGCUCUUGCCCUGCCCCUCUCGCCCUGCUGCUCUCGCCCUGCCCCUCUCGCCCUGCUGCUCUCGCCCUGCUUCCUGCUGGUCCCUGGAAACCACUCACUGUGAAUGCCUUCCCUGCGCUGCUGCUGCUGUGAUUGCUGCUGCUGCUGCUGCUGCUGCUGCUGCUGCUGCUGCUGUGAUUGCUGCUGCUGCUGCUGCUGCUGCUGCUGCUGCUGCUGCUGCGAUUGCUGUGAUCCUUUUCACCGCCCCCUUCCAUACACUUCCCCGUUCCUUUUAUUGCUCCUGCCCUGCACCACCCACUCCCCAACCCCUCUCCGCCCCUUCUCCCCAACCCACACUUUCCCCUGCUACAGUCUGCACAGACAUGACGCAGCUGCUGUGGGAGUUGGAGCUGACCAUCCACCGUGUGAACGUCUCCACCAGCCCGGACGGCCAGGCCAUCGACUUCUUCUUCAUCACUGACAACCGCAAGGAGCUGCCCGCAAAGCACCGGUCAGACCAGAUCAUAGACCGAGUGAGGGACGCGCUCUCCCUCUCAGGCCACAGCAGGGGCGGCGCUAAGGGCCUGCUCGGCUCCUCCGCUGCCUCUGGCGCCACAGGUGCAGGAGCAGGGGCAGCAAGAGCAGGUACAGCAGGGUAUGGCGGGGAUAGGCUGGUAGGAGCAGCAGCGGGAGGCGUGGGAGGGAAGGGUGGGAGGAGUGGUGGCAGCAGCGGGGGCGCUGGUGCCCUAGGUAUGGGUUCUCGUGGUGGCGGUGCUGCUGCUGCUGCUGCUGGUCUGGGUAGUGGUAGGGACGGCAGCAGGGACGGUGCCAGCAGGGAGGGUGAGAGUGAGGCAGUGGUUUGCUCCAUAUCGCCCACCACAGGCCCUGAUGCAGCAGACAUAGCGGAUCUAAGCCUGGGCGUGUCCGAGUGUGUGCCAUACGCUGUGGAAAAGUUUUUGCUCGCUGAGUUCAGCACACCGCCUAACAGCCCCCCUGGGACCUCUGUUUCCAGUGUCGUUGGUGCUGCUGCCGGUGGUGCCAGGGGCGCGAGUGGUGCUGCUGGCGCUGGUGGUGUUGUCGGUGCUGCUGGUGCUGGUUCCGCUGGUGGCGCUGCUGGUGGUGUUGCUGGUGCUGGUGCUGGUGCUGCAGCUGGUGGUGCUGCCAGGGCUGCUGCGUCUGCAUUGGGGGGGGCGGGUGUAGGCGCGAGCAGGGGCAUGGGCGGGCUCGGCCCCUCCCAGCCGCCUCCGUCUGUUGCGCGGGUCACUGUGGACAAUGGCAUGUCGCCCGCUCAUUCCAUGCUGCAGAUCCAGCUUAAGGAUCGCAAGGGCCUCGUGUAUGAUUGCCUGCGCACACUUCGAGACCUCAACAUGCAGGUGUCAUACGGGCGCAUAGCCACGACAGAGGAAGGCGUGUGUCAGCUGGACAUGUUUGUGGUUGACAGCAGCGGCAGGAAGGUGGAGGGGGCAGCGCAGCAGGCGCGGAUCUGUGCGCGGCUCACAGCGGAGCUUGAACGCCCUCUGCGCAUCGUGGUGGUGACACGAGGAGGGAAGGGUAGCGUCGUGGGGUCGGUGGAAGGAGGCGAGGUGAAGGAGCGAGGGAGCGGCGGUGGUGGUGCUGGUGCUGGCUCAGCAGCAGCAGCAGCAGCAGCAUCAGCGUCGGCAGAUGAGGCAGCGGAGGCAGAGCUGCUGGUGGCAACGCCGGUGGAGUGCUGUGGGCGGGGCAGGCCGCGUGUGCUCUUUGACAUGACUCUCGCUCUCAGGCAGAUUAACGUGCAGGUCUUCAAGGCGGACAUAGCACGGCAUGAGAUGGGGGGGCGCACAUGGGAGUCAGGACUGUGCUCAUGGGGUGAUGGCUCAUGGGGUGAUGGCUCAUGGGGUGAUGGCUCAUGGGGUGAUGGCUCAUGGGGUGAUGGCUCAUGGGGUGAUGGCUCAUGGGGUGAUGGCUCAUGGGGUGAUGGCUCAUGGGGUGAUGGCUCGUGGGGUGAUGGCUCGUGGGGUGAUGGCUCGUGGGGUGAUGGCUCGUGGGGUGAUGGCUCGUGGGGUGAUGGCUCGUGUGGUGAUGGCUCGUGGGGUGAUGGCUCAUGGGGUGAUGGCUCGUGGGGUGAUGGCUCGUGGGGUGAUGGUUCAUGGGGUGAUGGCUCGUGGGGUGAUGGUUCAUGGGGUGAUGGGUUGUGA